UUGGCGUUGUUUUGAUCAUGCACAGCUCAGUCACCAACUGCAUUACCCAUAGUGCCUCUCGUUUUUACCGGAAGCUUCUACGUGUUCAGUUUCCCGACACAUUUUUCAUAAACAGCUACAAGAACAAGCACGAAAAGGACUACAACAAAAAGUCCAUGUUGCCAACCACCAGCCAACACAGCAACGGUGCCCUUAGUUCGAGGGAUGCUGCUCGUCACACCGCGGGGGCCAAGCGCUACAAGUACCUGCGAAGGCUGCUCCAUUUCAGGCAAAUGGACUUUGAAUUUGCCCUGUGGCAGAUGCUUUAUUUGUUCACAUCACCGCAGAGAGUCUACCGCAACUUCCACUACAGGAAACAGACCAAGGACCAGUGGGCCCGGGAUGACCCAGCAUUCCUGGUCUUGCUCAGCAUCUGGUUAUGUGUUUCAACAAUGGGCUUUGGAUUGGUGCUGGACAUGGGAGUUCUUGAGACAUUGAAGCUCCUGCUGUGGGUGGUCUUUAUUGAUUGCAUAGGAGUGGGUCUCCUCAUAUCAACCCUCAUGUGGGCGAUAAGCAACAAAUACUUGCUGAAACACCCAAGCCGUGAGUUUGAUGUCGAGUGGGGUUACACGUUUGACGUUCACCUCAACGCUUUCUACCCGCUCCUUGUCAUUCUGCACUUCCUGCAGCUCUUUUUCAUCAACCAUUUGAUAGUGAUUAACUCUGACUGGUUCCUUGGAUAUUUUGUGGGGAACACCUUGUGGCUGAUAGCCAUUGGUUAUUAUCUGUACAUCACCUUUUUGGGGUACAAUGCUCUGCCGUUCCUGAAGAACACAGUGAGGCUGCUCUACCCCUUUGUUCCGCUGGCGCUCCUCUACAUCCUUUCCAUCUCUCUGGGCUGGAACUUUACUCAAGGUCUCUGCUGGUUUUAUAAGUACAGAGUCCAGUAGGAGCGGUGUGAUGGAGGCUGGACGUUGGUUUGGUUGGCUCCAUUUGCGCACUGCGUCAAAGUGAUAAUAUAUCACUUAGGACUAAGUCUGACUCUGGAAUGACUCCAUUUGUUUUUUGUUUGAGUCAGAGCACCUCUGUCUGCAUGUGGCGACAUUGCAGAAACAAGUGAAGACUUGAGCUACAGCUUUUAGUUCUUUUUGUAUGAUUUGUAAAUAUAUUUCUGGGAGGUUGUAAUAUAUAUACACACAAAGGAAACAAUAAAACUUGUUUUUGUUUUUCUUGAAGUGAGAAAAAACAACUUGAAAUAAAAACAAGGAACAGCCUUUCCUUUUUUCUUAAGGCAUACAUUCCAGAGCUCUUACAAUAAAAUGUUUUACUGAA